CGUGAGCGGCAUGCCGCGCGCGAUUUCCGCGCUGUGUUUGGACGGCCGCCGCGCACGAAUGCCGCGUGUUGCUGCCGCGCGCGAACGAGGUUGCCGCGCGCGUAGUGUUCGUUCGUCAGUGAAGGUGUGUGGACGUAAACGAUGGAUAACGAAACGGCAAUUCGACUUAUUGAAAUAUAUGGUUCAUUUAAUGCAUUAUGGGACACCAGGCGCAAAGAAUAUCAUAACAAUAAUUUAAGAGAAGACAUGUGGGAUGAAAUCGCAAAAAAUUUCGAGCAACCGAAAGCAGUUCUAAAAACCAAAAUGAAAAGUCUUUUAAGCUCAUACAGAAGGGAGAGAAACAGAGAAAAAACGAGUAACAUUACUGGUUCGGAUAGAAACAAGGCCUACAAGUCUAAAUGGUUUGCCUACGAAUCUUUCCACUUUUUGCAUGAUAGGGGUAAUCCUAUUGACACAGUGGAUUGUGGCUCAUCGUCGCAGUCACAUAAUACAGAACAAGGAGCUACAGAACAAGGAGCUACAGAACAAGGCGCUACAGAACAAGGCGCUACAGAACAAAGCGCUACAGAACAAGGCACUUCAGAACUAAAUACGACUAACAUGAAUACUGCAUCUACGAUUCCAACUAAAAGGAAGCCAACAAAGAGAACACACGAAGAUCCGGAGUAUGAUGCCGAGAAUAAAAUGUUAGAAGAUGCAUUGGAAGAAAUGCGAAAACAAAGCGAUAACAGCAACGAUUUAUACGUUGCUUUUGGCAUGCACGUAGCGGCAGAGUUGAGAAAAUACGAUCCCAUAACCUUAGCAAGAGUAAAACAUUCCAUAAAUACUAUAAUAUUUGACGCUGAUAUGGCAUGUAUAAACCAACUCAAUCAGUCUACAAUUCAAGAAAACGAUGAAAGAAGACCAGGUUAUUUUACUACACAUUAUACCGAUAUCUCCAAUACGGCAUCCUCUAGUGACUCUAGUAUGGGAUCCGGACUUACACAAUUGAUUAACGAUUUGAAUACUGAGAAUAGUUUAUAAUUAAAUAGUGAUUGUUUCAUUUUUAUUGUCUGCACAUUAAACAUGCACAUAUUUAUGAUUGAUUAAAAACUUAAUAAAAAUAAUGUAAGUAA